GGGCGCGUCACACGGGAAACGAGAAAGCGAAACCCCACAGCUGCUGGCGGAACUCACACUCCGGGACUGCGAUGCGCAUGCGCAGUGCUGAGCGGUCCCGGCCGGUAACAUCAUAUGUACGCUCCGAGCCCUAACGUCAUUAGCAACUGACCCGCUGAGAGCCACGCCCAUAAGAUGACCGCCAAUAGAAUCCUGACAGCGGUGCCCGCCCCUUUGAGGAGAAGAUGCCGGUCUACCUGGAGGACAUCAUGCACCUCUUGUGCCACAUUUCUGACAAGCAGAAGAUGAAAGCUGCCGUGAAACACUCUGCGCGGGGGGCCGUGGUCGCCGGGGCCGGAGCCUUCCUUGGCGGAUUAGUGGGAGGACCUUUCGGGAUAGCAGCAGGAGGCGCAGUGGGGGGAAUGAUGGGAGCCUGGAUGUCCAGCGGACAGUUUAAGCCUAUUCCUCAGAUUCUCCUGGAGCUGCCGUCCGUGCAACAACAGCAACUCUGUGACGACGUCUAUGCCAUCAUACGUAGCCUGCACUGGACUGACGCCACACAUCUUGUCAUGCUUGUAACGGGCAAUGCCGCUUUACAGCAGCAGGUGGCAGCAGCGCUCAUAGGCUUUAUGACUAGUCAGCUGAAAUCAGAAAUUCAGUAUGGAGACUAGACUAAUCCCCAUCUCAUUACUGCAUAUUUACUAGGUGCGGACGCUCUAGCUGCUGGACACAGGGAUGUUUUAGGAGAACAUACUCAAGGCCGACUGAUGUCCCAGUAAAGUGUUAUUUACACGAAAGCUGCUAUAGAAAACUUAGAAAAGAAAUUGACCCUUUAAUAAACUGGGGCCUUACUAAUUACUUAACACUAACACUUGUUUCACCCAGUGCACUUACCCCUCCAGCCCCCCACCUUCCGCACUUACUUGCCCUGCCACACGUAGAUGCUGUGUCCAGUGCAGAGUAGCCAAACAAAAACAAAACAAAACAAAAAAAAAAUAUAUAUAUAUAUAUAUAUAUAUAUAUAUAUAUAUAUAUAUAUAUAUUCUGUAUAACUGACAAAUUAAGAAAGUGCAAUUAAUUUAUAACUCUUGGACACUGUACGCAUCAAUCUCUGCCUUCGUUGAAUCUCUAGAAUUUAUAUUGUUUGUAAGAUUUCUUAUUAAAGACAUCUGAAUAUAGCCUGGUAAGGAAAAUGUAAUCUUCAGUGAAAAAUAAAAAGUUUUGAGAAAAAAACAAACAAAAAAAUAACCCCCCAAAACUUUGUUUUGAAGUUCACCUUUUAUCUGCAACGUGGAUACGGCGGUCAUGUUGUGGAAUGGUGCCCAAUGUCGUCAUUGAGGCAAUAAUUUGAUUGGCUCAUAGAGAAAAGAUGUCAGGGUUUCUUCUGCAGCAAGUCAAAGGCUAUUGGUUGUGACUUUCCUCUAGGAAGUCACUGAUUGGUUCUCAGAUAACUCUUAGGAGGCAUUCUCAGAGUAUUGCUUUGUCCACAAAAUGGCUGCCUCCAGAGGGGGACUAAGACCCCAUUGAGCCUUUAAUAACAAACUAGUGUGAGCCCGUCUCCCCGCCUCCAUUUCUCAGGAAAAUAAAAUGCCCUAAAAAUGAUUUCCUAUAGUCCUGGUCCCUCGGUGCCCACUGGGCCCUAACCAGAAGCCCAGGUUGCAGAAUACAUGUGGUAGCUAUGGCUGCCACCACUGUAAGCAUUAUUUUGGUUGCCUUUCACUAGCACCACUUGUUAACACAGGCUCAAGUUCUUACAUGAAGUAUAGAUAUAAUACAUGUUCAUUGGCCAAAUGCUGUCAACAAUAUUCUGCCAUACAUUAUGGCCUGUGGGGGGUAGGUUAUGGCUGGUGAGGGCCACAAGAACAUUCUUGUUGGGCUGCCACUGGCCUGCAGGGCUAUCUCUGGAGAGGGGUGCAGGGUAAGGCGAGCCCUGAGCGGGGGAUUUUGUGCUUCUGCUGACACACCCUUCAUCUGACUACACCUAUAGUGAGGGGCAGAUUGGUAUCGUGGGUCCAUAUCUGCUAAACAGAUAUCUUCCUUUUGUUUUUAAAUCACUGGGAAAUUGUAUUUCCCAAACUGCAUCACUGACACAACCGCGUGUUCUUGGUGAUCAGUCCGGGAGAACCCGUCGCCAGGACCUGUUUAUGAGAUUUGUGUUUUAUCAUGUUUUUAUUUUUUAACUACUUUGUGCUAUGUGCACUUUGUUCUCCUAUGUAGGUAGCACAAUACAUAUUGACAUCCCCCAUCCCAGCCUCCCAGAAGCCAAUUCACUCUGGAUAAAUCACCUCAUCGUUAGCGCCGCUUAUGAGCGAUUGUGUCUGUCCAUCCAGGUGUUCUCCAGCCCAUGUGCUAGGAGAGAGGUGAGGCUUGGGGAGAGCGAGCUGUGUACUCUGACAGCCGGAACUGCCUUGUGUUCACACUCCCAGGCCUGAGCGACUAUAACACUCAAACCCCCAGCUUGUUAAAAUUCACGUAAACCAUUUAAAAGACCCAGCCUUGUUUUACAUCCAUCUGCUCUUACACACCGCGCCUUUUCCUGUCUGUGUACACACGGCGAGAUAAAUCCUUUCAAUUUUCACUAUAUAGUCAAAAUCGCUAGGAAAGUUAGUGUAAAUCGCAAGGUGUUAGCCACCUUGUGAUACUGAUUCGAUCCUGAUGUGCGCUCCCGCGGGGUCGGUAUCGCAAGGCUAGAUAGACUGUGCAGGCAAGUCACUUUUGACUGUCUAGUACUAAAGUAUACUCAAAAUCGAACAUAGCCAAUAUCGCACAUAGCCAAUAUCGCGUAGUCCAUAUCGCACAUAGCCAAUAUCGCGUAGUCCAUAUCGCACAUAGCCAAUAUCGCGUAGUCCAAAUCGCACAUAGCCAAUAUCGCACAUAGCCAAUAUCGCGUAGUCCAAAUCGCACAUAGCCAAUAUCGCACAUAGCCAAUAUCGCGUAGUCCAUAUCGCACAUAGCCAAUAUCGCACAUAGCCAAUAUCGCGUAGUCCAAAUCGCACAUAGCCAAUAUCGCGUAGCCCAUAUCGCACAUAGCCCAUAUCGCGUAGUCCAUAUCGCACAUAGCCAAUAUCGCGUAGUCCAUAUCGCACAUAGCCAAUAUCGCGUAGUCCAAUUCGCACAUAGCCAAUAUCGCGUAGUCCAAAUCGAAGAUAGCAAAAAUGUCAGCGUGUGUAUGCACCCUUACACUAGUGCAGGAGGCCAGUCAUUGAUCAGGACGCUUGAUAGAAGACAUUGCAGGAGAAAAACUCUAAAUGUCAGUCCUAAAACUAUAUGGUCCCCACGGUUAAAGUUUUAAAAUAGUCUUCUCAACAAGUUACCAACAUACUAAUGUAAAAUGCUUUCAUAACCCACUGUGCUCUAACCAACAGAAUACCAGUAUCACAUAUAUAUAUAUAUAUAUAUAUAUAUAUAUAUAUAUAUAACACACACACACACACACACACACACACACACACACACCCACACCCCCCCCCUCCCCCUAAUAGGUCUGUAACCUUUAUACUAUGUAAUCAAGUGAUUUCCUCCUCCCCUAUAUUCCUUCAGUGCAGUGGUUCUCGAACGCUGUCCUCGAUGACCCUAACAGUCCAGGUGUUCAGGAUAUCACAGGUGACUUAAUUAGGAUCUCAGACAGUUUGAUUGUAUCAUCUGUGCAUGGAUAUCCUUGAAACCUGGACUGUUGGGGGGCGGGCCUUGAGGAACGAGUUCGGGAAAUCCUGCUUUAGUACAAGCACAAAUCAUCUGCUCUUGUGAUCACUCUGGAACAACGUAUACAUAUCAUAAUUAGCUUUCUGCCUGAUGUUUGUCUGACAGAUGUGAUAACUACAGAACAACAUGACCCACGCGUCACAUGCAGAUCCCUACAAACAAGUGAAUACAACCCAAAUAUAGUAACUACAAUCUCUGGGCCUGAUUCAGAUCUGAGCGCUGCAAUGCGUUUUUACCCAGCGGGCAUUAACUGCGCAAGCGUAUGCACCGCAAAGCGCACAUGCAUCUGCCAACAACAGCGGGCAUCACCGGUCAGCGACGGGAUGGUGAGAAAAUUCCGAUCGCACGGGCGUUUGCAAGGUGAUUGACAGGAAGAGGCCGUUUGUGGGUGGUAACUGACCAUUUAUGGGGAGUGUCUGGAAAAACGCAGGCGUUCUGAAGCGUUUUCAGGGCGGGUGUGUGACGUCAGCUCCGGCCCCCAUCAGCCUGUUCUUAUCACACUGUGGGAGUAAGUCCUGGGCUGCGCACACACUGCGUACCCAUGUGAUCGCACACUUGCGCUGUGAAUUUACACUCCCCCUGUAGGCGGCGACUAUCUGAUCGCAGCCCAGCGUUCAGGUCUGAAAAACCCCCUCGGCUGAUAGAGUUGCAGGUGACACGGAUGAGACGGGGGUCUCUAUUUAGACUGUGAAGUUAUAGGCAGGUAAUGUUACCUCCUGGGAAUCUGCUGUACCAGAACCUCCUGUACAUCACUGCAUCAAUGUAUUAGGGGUGGGGUGUUAUACACAGAUAUCACCCAAUGCAGAUAUCAAUGUUAGAAGUCUUAUUCAUAGAUAAUCUGAAUGAAGUAUUGUUGAUGAGAAUGCUGCUUUAUCUAUUUUUAUUUCAAUUCCCCCAGUAGAUGAUUUGGAAAUCACCUUUCCUUAUGAUUGAAAUACAGGAAUUCCUUUGCUCGUCAUUAUCUGAAUCCGGCCUGAACGGUGCGCUUACAGCCUGACAACGCUCUUGGCUGCGUAAGGUGACUUAAGGGCUCUGCAACUUGUUGCAUGGGAAUUGUAGGUGCAGCCCCUUUAGGGAUUGACCACAGGGGUUAUAACUUAUAAGUCAUUGUGCAAUGGUUUUGUAUUUUAAUGAAUUGGGACUGGUAAUGAAUUAAUGAAUUAGACAUAUUGCUUUAUUUCAUGGGCAGUGAGAGACCAACUGCGAAUUAAAAUGAUCUAUAGGAAUUUGCUUGUUCAUUUCCCAAAAAUUCCGUCUCUAUCCAUUGGCGCGUGUGUUAUAAGAAUGGUUGUUUCAGACCCAAUCGCACUGACUACGCAUGCCUAUGAUAUCUGUGUGAUUUGGUCUGCUAGACUGAAUUUACGUUUUUUGUGGGUGGUAAGUGAUCAAUUUAAUCUAUGCGUUUCUACAUUUGGUCAGGUAUGUCCACUUUGUUGGCCAAUGUGAUGGUAAAAGUAUUGCUUUUAAUGCAAAAUAAUAAAAAAUAUAAUAAUGCGGAUUUGUAGGUUAGCUAAGGGGAAGGGGUCCGCCGGUCCGUGCAGUCCAGAAGCAGCUGUAUAUAAACGUUGCAUUAGUAAGUCCUGUAUUUCAAACAGAAGGCAGCAUAAAAAUGUACAAUGAUUUCCACUGGGGAAUAGAAAGAAUUCAGUUCUCGUUUUAUGACACAUGUAGACUCAGGUUUGCGAUUGACAUCUGUAAUAUUUUCUGUCUCAACCAGAAAUGUCCUAAAUAGCCCUUUGGUUUUUGUGUGCUAUAGAUAUACUGGUAGAAAAUAUACAGUAGUUUUAUGAUGUUAUUUGGUGAAUUGUUUAAUGUUGGUUUUUUAUCAUUUGAUAUAUCAAUAAAAUGCAUUUAAAAAGAAAA